UCCCGAUUGACAGCAACCAAAGAAGGCAUGCUUGCACCAUGUUGAAUUAUCCACAAGAUAAGCAAUAUGCACUCUUGCCACAGGACACCGUUACUACGCUUGUCGUCAAAAAUAUACCGGCCACGCUAGGCGAUACCAGUGAUCGAACGCGGCAAUUCUUUCAACAAUAUCAAGCCCUUGAUGUCCGCUUGAUGCAAGGCAAAUCGAUGAGAGGCGUGGCAUUUCUCGAUUUCCCCAAUCGUGCAGCAGCCGAACAUGCCUACCAACAACUUCAUAACCUUGUUAUAACAUCCGGGCAGAAGCCUCUGCGUGUCGAAUAUGCAACCCCGCAUCCCCACCGCGGCAGUUUGCUGCAAGCGCCUUUGCCACGACAGUCCGUCGAACCGCACAAUGUAUCUACGACUACGCUAGUAGAGACCGAAGAAUCCAAGGCACAGCCCAUUGCUCCCUCGCUGGGCCUUCAUUACCCUUCCAAUCCACAUUUGCGCUAUCAAUAUCCGGAUCCUACGCCGGAAAUUCUUUCCAACAUCAUGCAUGCCAUCGCUAGUGUACCAAGGCUGUAUACACAGGUACUUCAUCUGAUGAAUAAGAUGAAUUUGCCGCCGCCUUUUGGUCCGAUAGAUCGAGAAUCUAUUCCUGCUUCGUUGAAACGGAAACACGAUGAUAUGUUAGCAAGCGAUGAAUCAGAAUUAGACUCGGUAUCUGAUGAAGAAAAGGAUGAUAUAGCCAAACGAGAACGCGAAAUCAAGCAAGCGCGCUUAAAACGAAUUGCUGCUGAGGAACAAAAGAAAGCACUGCGACGAACUGUAGCAACAUCGUCACGAAGCAGAGAAGUGGACGCGGCGCCCAAUGAAGAACCAGAUGCGAAACGGAUCAAGAUCGUUCUGGCAAAUAAAUCAUUACCGACUGACGCUGAAAAUACCACAAAUGACACGACACAAGAAAAAAUUCAGACAGAAUCAUCAGACGUUCAGAAAGAAUCUACAGAAAAUGCUACAAGUACAUCUAAAACGACACCGCAUCAGACCAAUGAAGACAUUCAGACGGUACCAUCAGACGCUCAAAAGAAAGCCAUAGAAAGUACAAAUACAGAUGCAGCUAAACCAGCACGGUAUCUGACCAUGGAAGAAAUUCAGCAAAAGCGUAUGGAUAAGAAAGACUUGGAAAAUAUCUCGGCUUUCAAGAAUUACGACCCUGGCAGUGUGAACAGCAAAUUGUAUAUCAAAAACUUGGCUAAGAAAGUGCAAGAAGAGGACCUGCGCCGUCUUUUUGAAAGCGUCAUUGCCGAUAGCCACGGUCACGCAGAAGCAGCGAACGAUAUGGAUAUCCAAUUGAAAAAUUCGGGCCGACUAAGGGGCCAAGCCUUUGUCACAUUCGCAAACGACACAAUUGCACAGACGAUUUUGGAAUCACUCAAUGGCUAUCUUUUGCACGACAAGCCCAUGGCAAUUCACUUCAGCAAGCAGUCGGAAAUAAAGAAAAAUGAAGCUUUGCCGCAACCAUAACCUUAAUUACAUCUCUUGUCCAAUUCCCAUCUUACUUUAUCUAUAGUUCGCUUCUUUCUAUAUGCGGAAUUAUUUGAAAACAGCAGAUGCAACUCCUUGUAGGCUCUGUCACACUUUGCCUCGAUGUUGCUCUUUAUUAACACAGCUGGCACCCUUUUUUGAGAGGAUAAACGCUCAUAACAACGAACUAUCCUUUUUCGGAAAAACUGGCUUACAACAUGGGGAGUAAAAGAAAGUUGACAGGCAUGGUCUUUUAUGCAAACCUUAAUUAGGUGGAACCACAGCUUGUACAGAAAACCUUGCGCCUGUGCUAC